GUGGGAGAGGAGCGAAAGCGCCGCCUUCUCGCCUCCCGGGAGGGUCCGCUCCGCCAGGCCGGGCCUUGAUUGAUGGGGAAGAGGCGACGCCGGGACCCGCCAGCUGAGGGGAGUCCGACUGCGGGCGGCCGCUGGAAAGCCACCUUCCUCGGGGCUGCAGCCUCGCCGUAGGAAAGGAAAGGAAGGGGGGAGAGAGAAAGGGAGGCGGAGAGCCGCCCCUCCCAGGCCCUUCUGGACAACCGGCGCUCUUCUCUCAUCAUCAUUAUUAUUAUUAUUAUCAUCGCCUCAGCUUCUCUUUUUCAGAAUUUCAAAAAAAACUGAAACCCUUUUCUCUCAUUUUUUUAAAAUAAUAAAUUUAUUAUUGAUACCCAAAGGGACACAUAAGCCCUCUCAGGGGGCGGGGGCGGAUCUUAAGGGGGGGCAUCCUCCCGGCCCCCUUUUUUUUCUCCCCCCUCAGCUGGAAGGGGGGAGGACGCGACGGUGGAGCCCGCCGCCUUCGUCCGUCUCUUGGGGGGCGCCCCUCGUGUAUAACCAGAGGAAGUAUUCUCAUGAAGAAACCCUUAGGAGAGGAAUGGGCCUCACCUUCAUGAAGCUAGAAACUGCAGUUCGCAGAAUGAUAUAAGGAUCAAAGGAGUCUUUCGGAAACCAGCAAAGAUGAAUAUGGUGAAAAGGAUAAUGGGUCGACCCCGUCAAGAGGAGUGUAGCCCUCAAGAUAAUGCUUUAGGAUUGAUGCACCUGCGUCGGCUUUUUACAGAAUUGUGUCAUCCUCCUCGGCACAUGACCCAAAAAGAACAGGAAGAGAAACUUUAUAUGAUGCUGCCAGUUUUUAAUAGGGUAUUUGGAAAUGCUCCUCCAAGUACAAUGAUGGAAAAGUUUUCAGAUCUUCUUCAGUUUACAACACAGGUGUCACGAUUAAUGGUGACUGAAAUUCGUCGGAGGGCCUCCAAUAAAUCUACAGAGGCUGCAAGUCGUGCCAUAGUCCAGUUCCUGGAGAUCAAUCAGAGUGAAGAAGCCAGUAGAGGUUGGAUGUUGCUUACUACAAUUAACCUGCUAGCAUCAUCUGGACAGAAAACAGUGGACUGCAUGACAACUAUGUCAGUGCCUUCCACGCUUGUGAAAUGUCUCUAUCUGUUCUUUGACCUUCCACAUGUGCCUGAGGCAGCUGGAGGAGCCCAGAAUGAGUUGCCUCUAGCAGAGCGUAGAGCGCUAUUGCAAAAAGUGUUUGUGCAGAUCUUAGUGAAACUGUGCAGCUUUGUGUCCCCGGCAGAAGAGCUUGCCCAGAAGGAUGAUCUUCAGCUUUUAUUCAGUGCAAUAACCUCAUGGUGCCCUCCUUAUAACCUGCCUUGGAGGAAGAGUGCGGGGGAAGUACUUAUGACCAUAUCACGUCAUGGCCUUAGUGUCAAUGUAGUGAAAUACAUUCACGAAAAAGAAUGCCUGUCAACAUGUAUUCAGAACAUGCAGCAAUCAGAUGACCUUUCUCCCUUAGAAAUAGUAGAGAUGUUUGCUGGCCUUUCUUGCUUCCUCAAAGAUUCCAGUGAUGUCUCUCAAACAUUAUUAGAUGAUUUUAGGAUAUGGCAAGGAUACAACUUCCUCUUUGAUCUCUUACUCAGGUUAGAACAAGCAAAAGAAGCAGAAUCUAAAGAUGCUUUGAAGGACUUGGUUAAUCUGAUAACCUCACUAACAACAUAUGGUGUCAAUGAAUUAAAACCGGCUGGUGUUACAACAGGAGCACCCUUUCUGUUGCCUGGAUUUGCUGUCCCUCAACCUGCUGGCAAAGGUCACAAUGUGAGAAAUAUCCAAGCCUUCUCUGUUCUACAGAAUGCUUUUCUGAAAGCAAAAACCAGCUUCCUUGCACAAAUUAUCCUUGAUGCCAUCUUAAAUAUAUACAUUGCUGACAAUGCCAACUAUUUCAUCCUGGAAUCCCAGCACACUUUGUCCCAAUUUGCAGAGAAAAUUUCUAGGCUUCCAGAAGUACAGGCCAAAUACUUUGAGAUGCUUGAAUUUGUUGUCUUUAGUUUGAAUUACAUACCUUGCAAAGAACUUAUUAGUGUCAGCAUUCUCUUAAAAUCCAGCAGCUCUUACCAGUGUAGCAUCCUUGCAAUGAAGACUUUGCUUAAGUUCACACGGCAUGACUACAUCUUUAAAGAUGUAUUCAGGGAGGUUGGACUUCUGGAGGUGAUGGUGAAUCUUUUACAUAAGUAUGCAGCUCUUUUGAAAGAUCCAACACAGGCUCUGAAUGAUCAAGGGGACUCAAGAAACAACAGUACAUUUGAAGACCAAAAGCAACUCGCCUUGUUGGUUAUGGAGACCUUGACAGUAUUGCUCCAAGGAUCAAAUACAAAUGCAGGUAUCUUCAGAGAGUUUGGUGGAGCAAGAUGUGUACAUAACAUAGUCAAAUACCCACAAUGCAGACAGCAGGCACUGAUGAUAAUCCAACAGUUGGUGUUAUCAUCAAGUGGUGAUGAUGACAUGGGGACUCUCUUAGGAUUGAUGCACUCUGCUCCACCUACAGAAUUGCAGCUGAAAACAGACAUAUUAAGGGCCCUGCUGUCUGUGCUGAAAGAGAGUCAUCGCACAAGAACCGUUUUCCGAAAAGUUGGUGGAUUUGUAUAUGUCACAUCAUUACUUGUUGCCAUGGAAAAAUCCUUGUGUUCGCCACCUAAGAAUGGCUGGGAGAAAGUGAACCAAAACCAGGUGUUUGAGCUGCUCCACACGGUUCUCUGCACCUUGACUGCAGCAAUGCGUUAUGAGCCAGCCAACUCGCACUUCUUCAGAACAGAAAUCCAGUAUGAAAAGCUGGCUGAUGCUGUGAGGUUACUUGGCUGCUUCUCAGACUCCAAGAAAUUAAGUCCUUUGAACAUCUUUCCCUCCAAUACCCAACCAUUUCAAAGACUUUUGGAAGAUGACCUCAUCUACAUGGAUUCUGUGUCACCUACUUUAAGGCAUUGCAGCAAACUCUUUAUAUACCUCUACAAAGUAGCUACAGAUUCCUUCGACAGUCGUGCUGAGCAGAUCCCUCCUUGCCUGACAAGUGAGUCUUCUCUCCCCUCUCCUUGGGGCACACCAGCCUUGUCCAGGAAAAGGCAUGCAUAUCAUUCUACUUCAACGCCUCCAGUAUUCCCUCCUAAAAACACUAGUGAUUUGAAGCCACACAAAGGAACAGUGCCUCUGCAAAGCUCGGAUGCUGUCAUCAUCCAUCCUGGCGCUAUGCUUUCCAUGUUGGACCUCUUAGUCUCUGUUGAAUCGACUACACAGCCAGAACACACCCUUGAUCUUCAGCUUGCCGUUGUCAACAUCUUGCAAUCUCUAGUGCAUAUGGAAAGAAAUCAGCAAGUCAUGUGUGAGGCUGGACUCCAUGCACGACUUCUGCAGAGAUGUAGUGCUGCUCUUGCUGAUGAAGACCACCCUUUACAUCCUCCACUCCAGAGGAUGUUUGAAAGGCUGGCCUCACAGGCAUUGGAGCCGAUGGUGCUGAGGGAAUUUUUACGCUUGGGAAAUCCACUGAAUUGUGGAGCCUGGGACAAAAAAUUGUUGAAGCGAUAUCGUGUACAUAAGCCAAGCUCACUCAGUUAUGAGCCAGAAAUGCGAAAUAGUAUGGUUACCUCAAUGGAAGGUCUGGGUACUGACUGUGUGUUCAGUUUACACGAAGAUAACCACUACAGGAUAAGUAAAAGUCUUCUAAAACCAGCAGAAGGAAGCACAGUACCCCUGACGAGGGUGAAAUGUUUGGUUUCCAUGACAACUCCACAUGAUAUUAGACUUCAUGGAUCAUCAGUUACUCCUGCAUUUGUUGAAUUUGACACAUCUCUUGAAGGAUUUGGUUGUCUAUUCCUGCCAAGUUUGGCACCUCACAAUGCACCAACCAACAAUGUGGUAACAACAGGUCUUAUUGAUGGCACCGUAGUCAGUGGAAUUGGAACAGGAGAAAGGCUAUUCCCACCACCGUCUGGUCUGAGCUAUUCAUGUUGGUUUUGUGUAGAACAUUUUAGCACAACCCCAAAUCAUCAUCCAGUUAGACUGCUUACGGUUGUAAGGCGAGCAAACAGUUCUGAGCAGCAUUACAUAUGCCUUGCUAUUGUCCUCUCUGUAAAAGACCGUUCAUUGAUUGUAUCUACUAAAGAAGAGCUUCUUCAGAACUAUGUUGAUGACUUCAGUGAAGAGUCCUCCUGCUACGAGAUUCUCCCUUGCUGUGCUCGUUUUCGUUGUGGUGAUCACAUAGUGGAAGGCCAGUGGCAUCAUAUUGUUCUUGUGAUGAGCAAAGGCAUGCUAAAAAACAGCACUGCUGCACUUUACAUUGAUGGACAGCUAAUAAACACUGUAAAACUUCACUAUAUUCACAGCAGCCCUGGAGGUUCAAGUUGUGCUAAUCCACCAGUAGUUAGCACCGUUUACGCCUAUAUCGGCACACCACCUGCCCAGCGCCAGCUCUCUACUCUUGUUUGGAGAUUGGGACCUACUUAUUUCUUAGAAGAAGUCUUGCCUCAAUCAAGCAUUAGCACCAUCUAUGAACUGGGACCAAAUUAUGUUGGAAGCUUUCAAGCUGUGUAUAUGCCAUGUAAAGAUUCAAAGCCAGAAGGAGCAGCUCCUUCUCCAGUAUCCUUGGUACCAGAGGAGAAAGUUUCUUUGGGGCUUUAUGCACUCUCUGUUUCCUCACUGACAGUGGCAAAGAUUAGAAAAGUUUAUAACAAAUUGGAUAGUAAGGCUAUAGCCAAGCAGUUGGUUGUUUCAUCUCAUGAGAAUGCCACUCCAGUGAAACUGCUCCACAAUUCAGCAGGACAUUUGAACGGACCUGCACGUACAAUUGGUGCAGCUCUGAUAGGAUACUUAGGAGUAAGAACAUUUGUCCCUAAGCCAGUUGCCACUACUCUACAGUAUAUUGGUGGAGCAGCCGCCAUUCUUGGCCUGGUAGCCAUGGCAUCAGAUGUAGAAGGACUUUAUGCUGCUGUGAAGGCCCUCGUGUGUGUGGUGAAAAGCAAUCCUCUGGCUAGCAAAGAAAUGGAAAGGAUCAAAGGUUACCAGUUAUUGGCAAUGUUGUUAAAGAAGAAGCGUUCCCUUCUGAAUAGUCACAUUCUGCAUUUGACCUUUUCCUUGGUGGGGACUGUUGACAGUGGGCAUGAAACAUCCAUUAUCCCAAAUUCAACUGCUUUCCAGGAUCUGCUUUGCGACUUCGAGGUUUGGCUGCACGCGCCCUAUGAACUUCAUCUUUCAUUGUUUGAACAUUUCAUUGAACUUCUUACUGAAUCCAGUGAAGCAGCAAAGAAUGCAAAAUUGAUGAGAGAGUUCCAGUUAAUCCCCAAGCUCUUGCUGACUCUUAGAGAUAUGUCUUUGUCUCAACCAACAAUUGCUGCUAUUAGCAAUGUAUUGAGCUAUUUGCUUCAGGGAUUUCCAAGCAGCAAUGACCUACUCAGGUUUGGACAGUUCGUCUCUUCUACUUUGCCUACAUUUGCAGUCUGUGAGAAAUUUGUAGUCAUGGAGAUGAACAAUGAAGAAAAGCUUGAUACGGGGACAGAGGAGGACUUUGGAGGUCUCGUUUCUGCAAAUCUGAUUCUUCUGAGGAAUAGGCUGCUGGACAUCCUGCUUAAGCUUAUGUAUACAUCGAAAGAAAAAACAAGUGUUAACUUGCCGGCUUGUGAAGAACUUGUCCGGACCCUGGGUUUUGACUGGAUUAUGCUGUUUAUGGAGGAACAUCUGCACCCUACGACGGUGACAGCAGCCAUGAGAAUUCUGGUGGUCUUGCUAAGCAAUCUAACUAUUCUCAUCAAAUUCAAGGAAGGCCUCACUGGUGGGGGCUGGCUAGAGCAGACCGAUUCCGUGUUGACUAAUAAGAUUGGGACAGUGCUUGGAUUUAAUGUUGGCAGAAGCGCUGGUGGCAGAUCAACUGUCAGGGAAAUUAACCGGGAUGCUUGUCAUUUCCUGGGCUUUCCGGUUCUUCAGUCUUUUCUUCCUAAGCACACAAAUGUGCCUGCACUCUAUUUUCUUCUCAUGGCGCUUUUCCUGCAGCAGCCAGUCACUGAACUGCCUGAAAACCUGCAGGUCAGUGCACCUGUCAUCACCAGCCGAUGUAAUCAGGGUGGCCAGUUCGACCUGGAUUCAAUUUGGACAUUUAUAUUUGGUGUUCCUGCAUCCAGUGGCACUGUGGUUGCUUCUAUUCACAAUGUUUGCACAGAAGCUGCAUUUUUAUUACUGGGAAUGCUUAGGACCAUGUUGAAUUCACCUUGGCAGUCAGAGGAAGAAGGUUCUUGGCUUCGGGAAUAUCCAGUCACUUUGAUGCAGUUCUUUCGUUAUUUGUAUCACAAUGUUCCUGAUUUGGCUUCCAUGUGGAUGAGCCCAGAAUUUCUUUGUGCAUUGGCAGCCACUGUGUUUCCUUUCAACAUCCGACCAUACUCAGAAAUGGUUACUGAUUUGGAUGAUGAAGCUGGAUCUCCAGCAGAAGAGUUCAAAGCAUUUGCCUCUGACACAGGAAUGAACCGGAGCCAGUCUGAAUAUUGCAAUGUUGGAUCCAAGACCUAUUUGACCAGCCAUCCUGCUAAGAAGUUUGUGUUUGACUUCAUGCGUGUGCUGAUAAUUGAUAAUCUCUGCCUUACACCUGCUAGCAAGCAAACUCCAUUAAUAGACCUUCUCCUGGAGGCUGUUCCAGAGAGAGCAACAAGGGCACAACAAAAAGAAUUCCAGACUUAUAUUUUAGACAGUGUGAUGGACCAUCUCCUUGCUGCUGAUGUUUUAUUGGGUGAAGAUGCAUCUCUGCCUAUUACUAGUGGAGGAAGCUACCAGGUGCUUGUAAAUAAUGUGUUCUAUUUCACUCAGCGUGUGGUGGAUAAACUUUGGCAAGGCAUGUUCAACAAGGAACCCAGGCUGCUUAUAGAGUUUAUAAUCCAGUUAAUUGCACAGGGAAAACGAAGAUCUCAGGGAUUAUCAUUGGAUGCCAUUUACCAUUGUCUGAACAGGACCAUCUUAUACCAGUUCUCAAGGCCUCACAAAACAGUUCCCCAGCAAGUGGCCCUCCUUGAUUCUCUAAGGAUGCUCACUGUCAGUCGAAAUCUGAUCCUGGGACCUGGGAAUCACGAUCAAGAGUUUAUCAGCUGCCUGGCUCACUGCUUGAUUAAUCUGCAUUCAGGGAGCAGUGUCGAUGGGUUUGGCCUGGAAGCAGAAGCCAGAAUGACCACAUGGCACAUUUCCAUCCCUUCAGAUAUGGAGCCAGAUGGAGUCUACAAUCAAGAUGUUAGUGAAGGUCGCCAGCUCCUUUUGAAAGCUGUAAAUCGUGUAUGGACAGAACUGAUCUACAGCAAAAAGCAGGUUUUGGAAGAGGUGUUCAAAGUAUCCCUUCCUGUCAAUGAGAGAGGCCAUGUGGAUAUUGCAGUUGCAAAGCCCCUUAUUGAAGAGGCUAGUUUAAAAUGUUGGCAGAAUCACUUGGCCCAUGAAAAGAAAUGCAUCAGUAGAGGAGAAGCAUUGGUGCCAACAACCCAGUCAAAGCUUUCACGGGUCAGCAGCGGCUUUGGCCUUUCCAAACUAACUGGAUCAAGAAGAAACCGAAAAGAAAGCGGGCUUAACAAACAUAAUCCAUCCACACAGGAGAUCUCUCAGUGGAUGUUUACUCACAUAGCAGUGGUUCGAGACCUGGUAGAUAUGCAGUAUAAAGAACAUCAAGAGCGUCAGCAGAAUGCAUUGAAAUACGUAACAGAAGAGUGGUCUCAAAUUGAAUAUGAGUUGCUACGGGAGAGAGGCCUCUGGGGCCCUCCCAUUGGCUCUCACUUGGACAAAUGGAUGCUGGAAAUGACAGAAGGUCCCUGUCGAAUGAGGAAGAAGAUGGUGCGAAAUGACAUGUUUUAUAUUCAGUAUCCUUACAUGCCAGAUACUGAACAUGAGACCAAUCUGCUGUCUGAAUUCUCAAGUAAGCCUCCUGAGACAUCUGAUGAUACCAUUCCUCAAAAGAAACCUGCACGCUACCGAAGAGCUAUAAGCUAUGAUAGCAAAGAAUAUUAUAUGCGACUGGCUUCUGGAAACCCUGCUGUGUUUCAAGAUGCUAUUGAAGAGAGUUCAGAAGGAGAAGCUGCUCAGCAGGAGCCAGAACACGGUGAAGAUACUAUUGCAAGAGUUAAAGGUCUUGUUAAACCACCCUUGAAGAGAUCGCGUUCAGCACCUGAUGGUGGAGAUGAAGAGAAUCAGGAGCAGCUGCAGGAUCAGAUAGCUGAGAAUAGCUCUAUAGAUGAAGAGGAGAAAACUGAUAACACAACUUUGCUUCGACUGCUCGAGGAAGGGGAAAAGAUCCAACACAUGUACCGUUGUGCUCGAGUUCAAGGUCUAGACACCAGUGAGGGUCUUCUCCUCUUUGGUAAAGAGCACUUCUAUGUGAUUGAUGGGUUUACUAUGACUGCUACCAGAGAAAUACGAGAUAUCGAGACACUACCUCCCAAUAUGCAUGAACCAAUUAUACCCAGGGGAGCACGGCAGGGUCCAAGUCAACUCAAAAGGACAUGCAGUAUUUUUGCAUAUGAAGAUAUCAAGGAGGUGCAUAAAAGAAGAUACCUGUUGCAGCCAAUUGCUGUUGAAGUAUUCUCAGGAGACGGACGCAACUACCUGCUUGCCUUCCAGAAAGGAGUGAGAAAUAAAGUCUACCAGAGGUUUCUGGCUGUAGUUCCUUCUUUAACUGAUAGUUCGGAGUCUGUGUCUGGACAGCGACCCAACACCAGUGUAGAGCAGGGGUCUGGCUUGCUAAGCACCCUAGUAGGAGAAAAAUCUGUGACACAAAGGUGGGAGAGAGGUGAAAUCAGCAAUUUCCAGUACCUGAUGCAUUUGAACACUUUGGCUGGCCGUUCCUAUAAUGACCUCAUGCAGUAUCCUGUUUUCCCAUGGAUCCUUGCAGACUAUGAUUCAGAGGAAUUAGAUUUAACCAAUCCAAAGACAUUUAGAAACUUGGCGAAACCCAUGGGGGCUCAGACUGAUGAGAGGUUAGCUCAAUAUAAGAAACGUUACAAAGACUGGGAAGAUCCUAAUGGAGAAACUCCAGCUUAUCAUUAUGGUACCCACUAUUCAUCUGCAAUGAUAGUAGCUUCAUACCUAGUGCGAAUGGAGCCCUUCACACAGAUCUUCUUAAGGCUUCAGGGUGGCCACUUUGACUUGGCUGACAGAAUGUUCCACAGUGUGCGAGAAGCCUGGUACUCUGCAUCCAAGCACAACAUGGCAGACGUCAAAGAGCUGAUCCCCGAAUUUUUCUACCUCCCAGAGUUUUUGCUAAAUUCCAACAACUUUGAUCUAGGUUGCAAACAGAACGGCACUAAACUUGGGGAUGUAAUACUCCCUCCAUGGGCCAAAGGGGAUCCUCGUGAAUUCAUCAGAGUACAUCGAGAGGCUUUGGAAUGUGACUUUGUGAGUGCACACCUUCAUGAGUGGAUUGAUUUAAUCUUUGGAUAUAAACAGCAAGGGCCUGCUGCAGUGGAAGCUGUAAAUGUCUUCCAUCAUCUCUUCUAUGAGGGACAAGUGGACAUAUACAACAUAAAUGAUCCAUUAAAAGAAACAGCUACCAUAGGAUUCAUUAAUAAUUUUGGGCAGAUUCCCAAACAGUUGUUUAAGAAACCUCAUCCACCAAAGCGAGUGAGAAGCCGAAUUAAUGGAGAAAUUAGUGGAGUUUCUGUUCCACCUGGUGCUUCAAGCGACAAGAUCUUUUUUCAUCAUUUAGACAACCUCAGGCCUUCUCUUGCUCCUGUGAAGGAGCUUAAGGAGCUUGUAGGGCAGAUAGUGUGCACAGACAAAGGGAUCUUGGCAGUGGAACAGAAUAAAGUGUUAAUUCCACCAACCUGGAAUAAAACAUUUGCUUGGGGUUACGCAGACCUCAGCUGCAGGCUAGGAGCCUAUGAAUCAGACAAGGCCGUGGUUGUUUAUGAAUGCUUAUCAGAAUGGGGACAAGUACUCUGCGCAAUUUGUCCAAAUCCCAAGUUAGUCAUCGCUGGAGGCACCAGCACAGUUGUCUGCGUAUGGGAGAUGGGCACUUCCAAGGAAAAAGCCAAAACACUUACUCUUAAGCAGGCACUGCUAGGCCAUACAGAAGCAGUCACAUGCUUAACCGCCUCCCUGGCUUAUCACAUCAUUGUGAGUGGGUCUCGUGACCGUACCUGCAUCAUCUGGGAUUUGAAUAAACUCUCAUUUUUAACUCAACUUCGAGGUCACAGGGCCCCAGUUUCAGCACUCUGCAUCAAUGAGCUGACGGGUGACAUUGUGUCUUGUGCUGGCACUUAUAUCCAUGUGUGGAGCAUUAAUGGGAACCCCAUUGUGAGUGUGAACACUUUCACUGGGCGCAGCCAGCAGAUCCUUUGUUGCUGCAUGUCAGAGAUGAACGAGUGGGACACUCAGAAUGUCAUUGUGACCGGGCACUCAGACGGAGUGGUCCGGUUCUGGCGGAUGGAGUUUUUGCAGGUCCCUGAAACUCCAGCUCCUGAACCUGUAGAGACCCUUGAGAUGCAAGAAGAGUGUCCAGAACCACAAAUAGGGGAGGAAGCUCCAGACGAAGAAAGCAGCGAUUCUGAAACAGACGAUCAGGGUUUCAACCAUGAUGCAAAGUUGCAGGAGAGCCAGAGCCAGCCCAACAGCAUCAGCCACAGGCCUCGAUCAUCCUCUGGCCGUGCAACAGCCGUGUGGUCAGCGGAUAACAGCUCUGAUGAUUCGAGGAGAUGGUCUGACCAGCUCAGUCUGGAUGAGAAGGACGGGUUCAUCUUUGUCAACUAUUCAGAUGGGCAGACAAAGCCAUAUCCCCAUGCUCCGGUGAACCACCCCUACCCAAAUCCAGGAGAAUUGCGGCACUACAGCAAGCUGAAGCCAGGUUACAGAUGGGAGCGGCAGCUAGUAUUCAGGAGCAAGCUAACUAUGCACACAGCCUUUGAUCGCAAAGACAACACGCAUCCUGCAGAGAUCACAGCAUUAGGCAUCUCCAAGGAUCACAGCAGGAUCCUGGUAGGUGACAGCCGAGGCAGAGUCUUCAGCUGGUCUGUCAGUGACCAGCCUGGCCGCUCUGCAGCUGACCACUGGGUGAAAGACGAAGGCGGGGACAGUUGCUCCAGCUGCUCCGUCCGGUUCUCCCUGACUGAAAGGCGUCACCACUGCAGGAACUGCGGGCAACUCUUCUGUCAGAAGUGUAGUCGUUUUCAGUCUGAAAUCAAGCGUUUGAAAAUCUCCUCCCCAGUACGGGUUUGCCAGAACUGCUACUACAACCUGCAGCAUGAACGAGGCCCUGAGGACGGAUCCUGGAAUUAGCACGUUAAAAGACAAAAACGCGGACGCCCAGCUUUGCACUGCUAGGACGCAAAGAACGCAGUGGCUUAACGAAUUCCAAGAACAUGCAGUGCAUUUCGAAGGGAUUGCAGUGCUAGCCCCUUAACACUUCUUUGUACUGUGCAUUAAAGCACUGCAAACAAAAGGGAUCAUUAAUUAUCUUGCCUGUACAUUUGCAGAGAUGGGGCUGAACAACAUUCAUGUGACCAGCGAGUAUCGGGUGGGCGAUGAGCGGUUGCCACAACUGCGGUAGGAACCCUCAAGACCCAGCCCUUCCCACUAACAUGGCUAAGAGGAAAAUCCAUAAUUAACCAUCUCUUGUGCAGUCUUCAUUUUGUAGUUAGUCACCUUAUUUGGGUUGCAGGAAGCAGGAGGCUUUUUAGAUGAUAGUUGUAAAUCUGCCUUCUUUGCAAGCAAACUGUGGAUAUUGUAAAUAGGUAUAAUGGCCUUUUUAUUGAAGUAUGAACUGAACUGCCUGUUACAGAGGACUACAGACCAACCACUAUACUUUGCAUCUCAUCUUUAGCUCAUUUAUUUACUAAAAGAUGAAUGUUUUUUAAAGCAUUAAGAGGCAUUAUCUGUAUUUUUUUCUUUACAACCCAGACUGCAUGUUGUUCUUUCAGUUAUUUGCAUAAUCCUAACUUAAACCAAGCUAUUUAGAAUUCUGAAAAGGGGAAAGAAAAAACAAACGCAAUCCCAUUUCUUUGGGGCAGUAGGAUUCAGAAUAUUUUGUUGUAAACUGUAAGAUAAGGAGCAUCUUUUGGUUACAUUUUUUAAAUACAGAAGCUUGUGUAGAAUCUGUCAUUGAGUUUAAGGAUUUUUUUUUUAAUACCAUAUGGACCUGCUGCAUUGUUCACUCUAGGUAUUACAAAAAAAACAGGCAGACUAGAUUUUAUUCUCAGGACAGUAGUAAAUGACAGUAGUAAAUCCAGGCCCUUUUAAUAUUUUUUUUCCUAGAGAAGAAAAUGGACCAUUGUUUUCCCCCUUAGGUAUUGUCUACACAUAACUACUGUUGUUUAAACUGGAUAUUGCUGAUACCAAACCUGGGUUGGAUUAUGGGGGACUGUUCUGUUGCACAGAUGCCUUGGAAAUACAUAGGAGUUACCUAUAUUCCAUUUACUGUGGUGGAGUUUGUCAUUCCCAUCAGGAGUUGCCCUCAAAACUGCACCCACCUUAUAGGCCACCUUGACCAUUCUGCGGUAUCCUUGGGGGAUGUUAGUUAAAUUUUCAUUACAGGAAUAUCUGUUUCAUACAUUGGUAUUAACGAUACAAGAGGCAAAAGACAGAUCAAAUGCAAUGCCAUGAGUAGCCUCCUUAGAACGAAACCUUGGAGAAAUACCAGUUUUUCUUUCGCUUUUUACAACCCCGGCAUCAAGCAUAUUUUUUUCCUAAAUGAGUCAUGAUGACUUUCAUCAACCUUGGAAGUGUUGAGUAUGUUCACAGAUACUGUAGUUGCACAUGGGAAAGGUGGAGGUCAGCAAGAAAUUUAAAAAGUCUCACUGGCACACUAUAGAGUGAAAAAGGUAUGUGGCAGAACACUGGAGCAGUGUACACACAUUCUAAGGUAUAGUGGUUCACUUAGGAAAAAAUAAGCAUAUAUUAGGGUUUGAGUUGCUUGCACAGGUCCAAUGGACACACACUCACACACACCCCCAGGCUCCUAGAGAUUUUGUGCUCUCUUUGGAAUAGAAAUCAGCAAGUUUUGUCCACUUAAACCUCUUGAGAGUGGUGUAUGCACUGAUCAGUAGAAACCUUUGUAUUUUGAAGAUGUACAUUCUUAAGUUAUAAUGGACUAUAAGAAUUCGAUCAAUUUGUAAUUUGAUAUGUGUAGUUCAGGCCCUCAAAGGAAUAAUUCCAUGUGAUCAUUACACAGGUCUUUUAAGGGGAUUUCAUCUAUUCCAAAAUUAGCAGUUCUAGUCCAGCAGCUGUUCUUCUGCCUUGCCCUUGCAAAGAAAACAAGUUUCCAUAUUCACCUACUCAGUAUAUUGUUUCAUUCAGCUGAUAGCAGAAUUGCCAAGCCAAAUCAGUUGCAGCAUUUGCUGGAAUUUAAUUUCAUUAUAUAGACUUAAGCACAGAUACACUUAAGCAGUUUAUUGAACUCACUGUAGUAAUACUUGUUUUAAAAGGGCAAACAUUAUUUCUUUUACAAACAGUUUCAAUAAACUUGAAAUUAUCCAAAAGGCACCUUUACUCCAUUGCAUUUUAGUUUCUUCUUGUAUGUCUGUGUAAUUUAACCUGGAAGACCUUAACAUGAAGUCUGUGUCUUUAGCUUGAGAAGAGUUUGGGAUGAAUUUAAAUCACAAUAAAUUCCUUCAAGCAGAAUUCUAGGCACUAAAUGGCGCUAAUACCACAGAUACAACUAAUGCUGGGUCAUUAGAAGACAACAGGAUGUGUAGAGAUGUUUAUUGUGUUAAUUUUUUAAAAAAAAUAGUGUGUUUAACUACAUUAGACAUGUUGUACCAGUGUUAUUCUACACUUUUUACAUUUGACACUCUUCUCAAGACAGAAGGUAUUUUAUCUUUGUGACUGACUGUUGUGUACAGGUGUAUCUAAAGUUCAGUAUGCUGAAUUUCUCAGCUAUUUGAUGGGUGACAGUUUCUUCCAGAACUUAUUUCUGUAUCCAACAGGUGGAUACAGGGGGCUACGUCCUGUUGAUUAGAGAGGACUCACCUAUACCAAAAAUAGGUGUUCUACAGCCUCCAUUUAUUCCACUGGCAGCUGUCUUGAAGUUCACAUGAGCUCCACUGGAAUGAAGGAAUGGCAACCUCCACAAAUUCUUAGUGCCGUUAAGCGUGGACAGUCCCCUGGCAGCUGCUGCUGUAACCCAAAAACCAAUGUUUCUAACCAUCUCAUGGACUUGCAUCCAUGUUCUGGGCCAAGCAGCUCAAUAGCAGUUCUCACCAAUUUCUGUUUUAGCAUCAGAACGUUUUGAUGACCAGAAGCAGCACACUAGCCCAUUGCACUGUCCUGCAUCUUUCCUCCUGCCUUGUUCUUUGAUGUAAUUCUUCCUGAACACAUCCAUGUGCUCUACCUUUGUUUGUAAUGUGUUACUGUAGUGUUCAUGCUUAGGCAGGUGAGAGUGGCUGCCUUCAUCCAUCUGUCCAAUAGCAAAAACACUUUAGGCACAUUAUUUUGCACUUUCUUAUGUAUAAAAAUCAGUAGAAACUUAUUUUUUGCUUUGUAUCAUUUGAAAGACUCUUUUUGUUUUGGUAAAUGAGCUGUGUAUAAAAAAUAUUUAUGCAGUUAAAGAACUGUUUUUAGAAAAUAUUUUUAAUUUCAGCAAGUUUGGUUACUUGUUGCAUGACUUAACACAACUGACUUUUUGUGUCAGUACAAUGUAUAUUUUUGUCCUGUUACUAAUUUGUAAACCCAAGAGUAAAUGGCCAUUUAUUUGUACAGCAGCAGGAGUAAAGUGGAGAUAACUGGCUAUGACUGGAGGGGUGGCAUUUUGUACUAUAUUGCAGAAUCCAGUAUCUGUUUUUUGGUGGUUAUGUAAAAGGCCUGAAGAAUUACUAUCUAGUGUGCAAUCUGUGAUAUCUGAAUGUUUUAUUGUAUAUUUGUCUCCAAUGCAAAAAGGUAGAGUAACACAAUUACAAUACACAAUUAAAUGCAAUAGUUCAGGUAAUAUUUUUUUUGUUUUCAUUUCAAAUAAAUAAUUGCUAUUUACCACCA